AUGAAUUACUUACGAUUGAAUGCUUUCCUUGGUUUCUUAUCAUUUGCCAGUGUAUUCGUUACAUUUAACCUACUGAAAAAUUUGAUCAAAGUGGCACGAAGUAUUGAACAAAAUAUGCAACCAUUUGAGCGCAAAUAUCAAAUUAUG